UUGAAAACAAUAAAAAUCAGAAUUCAUUCAAAAAUAUUCAAAAAAAUAUUUCACAAAAAUAUUACAGAAAACUUUAGAGACUUUUCAUCAGAUUACUACUACUACUACUUUUGUAACUGCUGUGGUCUUUAACCCUCUGCUGACUUGUACAGAGGCGUAGUGUUGUACCUGCACAGGUGGGAGGCUCCAUAAGUGGGUCACUUUAACAGCCAUGCAUGCUGCUGUUGACAGAGUUUCAUGUCCUUCAUGUUGAGCAAACAGAGAGAGAGAGGAGGGGUGUGGCUGUAAAGGGGGCGGUGCCUGGCUCGGUCUUUGACGUCAGCAGUCCUCCGUUUUCACACAUGGAUCGGUGAUCGGUCUGUCCGCCUCCUGCAGCACCACGUCCCGCUCCUCUCGUUGUUUUUAUCCUAAUCCUUCUUAUUUUUAUUCUGAGGGCUUUUAUUUUUGGUGCUUUUUCAUGUAGGCGCACGCAGAGCUGAGGACACCUCCACCACAGCGGCUCUUUCUCACUUUUCUUUGUUUUUAUCUUCGUGUUUUCUUUAUUUUUGCCUCGUGGUUCGGUGGAUCUGCGGCUCCAGAUGCAAGGAGGCGUGAUGGAGAAAAUGUGCCGACAUCCCGUCACCCUGAACCCGAGCUUCCUGUCCCCGGGGACGCACGGAGUGCUGAAGUCUCUGCUGGAGAACCCGAUGAAGCUCCCUCUGCACCAUGAAGCUUUCAGCAAGGAGCAGGAGAAGGAGAAGAACCUGGAGGAGGAGCGCAGCGCCCCCCAGUCAGCCUUCCUGGGCCCCACACUCUGGGACAAAACGCUGCCCUAUGAUGGGGACAGCUUCCAGCUGGAGUACAUGGACCUGGAAGAGUUCCUGUCCGAGAACGGUAUCCCCUCCAGCCCCUCUGAGCACCACCACGACCAGCACCAACCACACGCUCCGCCUCGCCACCCACCAAUCAUUCCACAAGCCCCGCCCACACCGGCACCAUCAGUGAUGGACCUUAGUAACCACGCCUCCAGCUCUGUACACACGAGCAUCGUCUCUCCGAACUGCCUGCACAGCAGCCCGGCAAGAGCAGGCCUCCCGGGCUCCAGAAACACUCCCAGUCCCAUCGACCCAGACUCCAUCCAUGUCCCCAUGAGCUACGAGCCCGACCCCGCUGACCUGGCUCUGUCCAGCGUGCCGGGUCAGGAGAUGUUCGACCCACGGAAACGCAAGUUCUCUGCCGAGGAGCUGAAACCACAACCAAUGAUCAAGAAAGCUCGCAAAGUGUUCAUCCCUGAAGACCUGAAGCAGGAUGACAAAUACUGGGCCAGGCGCAGGAAGAACAACCUGGCGGCAAAGCGUUCCCGCGACGCUCGGCGGCUCAAAGAGAACCAGAUCGCCAUCCGAGCCGCCUUCCUGGAGAAGGAGAACGCGGCUCUGAGGCAGGAGGUGGCCGACCUGAGGAAAGAGCUGGGACGCUCCAAGAACGUCCUGGCCAAGUACGAGGCACAGCACGGGCCGCUGUGAGGAAACAGAAUACCACACUUCAGACCCAAACAGACACCAACAUCCUCCACCAGCGACCUCCGUGAACUCCUCACACGGUCCUGACGGCUCCUCUCACGGCAGGAGAACGGUUCAGAUGCAAAAAAUUCUUUAAACUGGACCAAACCAUUCAUGUAAAUAUGAUUAAACAUCAUUAAGAUCCUUCUUUUCUUUCACUGCUGCUAAAGGUAAAAACAUCACAUUAUUCUGGGAUUUUUUUUCUUUCUUGUUAACAAAUCCAAACAAACAAUCAGAAACUGACCCGAUAAGCGACUGCCGGCACCAUUAAUCUGUCCAAAUAAUCCUCUAUGUGGUGAUAUGAGGACUUAAUGCUCCUGAUAUAGUCAGAGCCUUUCUAUCGAGAGUAUUAACGGAGCAGUUAAUCGCAAAUUACAGUCGUUAAAGAUUUGCUUCCUGAAAUACAGCCAUUUAUUUUGAUUUGCUGUCGAUAUUUGACAAUGUUCUGACAAAAACUGCUGUAGAAAUUCAGCAAUUAAACUGCUGUUGGAAGAAUAACUGGCUACCUAUUUUCAGCAAUUACUCCCAAUUGGCUGUCUGAAAUCAGUCAUUUAUUCUGAUUGGCUUUUGAAAUGCUGGGAUUAAUCAGACCUGGUUGUUAAAUUCCAGGGCUUCGCCAUCUUUGGCUAUGGAAAUAUCCCUAACAAUCAAAUUGGCUAUCUAAUUGUUGGAGAGUAAUCGUGAUUGGAUUUUGCAACUAAUAGCAAGUAGCUAUCGAAAAAUGGCAAUUAAUCGCAACUUGCUAUAUUUGGCAAUCAGCCUUCAUUAGAUGGAAAUACCACAGCUGGUCAAAUUUGUCUUCUACAUGUGGCGAUUAAUCGGGAUUUUGUUUCAAUGUGAAGUGAUUAAUCUCUGUUGGUUGUCUGGAUGUAGCGGUUAAUCAUGACUGGCUGUUAGAGUUUGAUCAAAUCUAUCAAACUGAAUCGUUAUUCACUACGGAUACUUGCUUGUCGCAGUUGGCGUCAAAAUUCAGCCAUAAAUCUGGUUGGAUUAUCAAAAGUCAACAUUUAAUGUUGAUUGGUUACCUCAACUCAGCAGUUAAUCGCAAUUAGUUAUCUUUAACCGUGAUUGGCUAUUGAAAUUCUGCAACUGGUAGCAAUUGGCUGUUGAAAUGUGGCAUUUCAUCUAAACUAUUUAUGUUUGACCAUCAGCCAUCAUCAGCUUUGGAAAUCCAACAAUCAAUCUAAAAUGGUUUUCAAACUGUGUUGAUCAAUUGUGAUGACUUUUCAAAGUGUGGCAAAUAAUCUUUACAGAAAUGUUAUUGAUUUUAAUAGAAAUGCAACAUUUCAUCAAUACAGAAGUGCAGCAGUUAAUAUAUAAAUGCAUUAAUCGUUCUUGAAAAUGCAGCAAUUAAUCGCAAAAGUCUACUACAGUUCAACAUUUAAGUAUCAUUGGCCACAUUCACUCAAAGUAAACUGCAGCUAGUAAUUAUUGCUACCCAUAUUCAGUGGAUAGCUACAAGUGGCGACGUAAACUCAGUCAUGAACUGUGAUUUGCUGUAAAUAUUUAAUCACCUUUCCCUUCAAAAUUUGACAGUGAAUCCCGAUUGGCUGUCAAAAUAUACAGAUAAGUUUUAAAACUUAUCUUUUAAACUCUUAAAAAGUUUUAAGUUUGAAAAUUCAUUAUUUAAUCAGGAUUGGUUAUCGGCCUGCAACAGUUAAAACUGGCUUGCAGUUGAAGUUUAGCAGGUAGUCUAAGCUAUGAAAAACUCAGGAAUUAAUGGUUGCUGUGAACGUUUGUGCACUGAUGGUGGUUGGCUGGUGUUUUCCAGGUCUACAGUUUCAAAGAUAACGUUUUGGACUUGGUUUGUCGACAAAAAAAUAAACGUAGAUUAUCAGCAGACUUUUAUUUUGAAAUACAAGGAAACUGAAAGCUGAGAAGUACCCAGAAACAGGUUUUAUGGUUGGUGUUUUGCAGCAGAUUUUUCCUCUUUUUGGCUCCUUUAGUUUCAUAAAGAACCGCCCUGCCGUGAGCCGAGUCCUAGACUCAGGACUAGUUCUCAGACACAGAACCGUCAGGGCGUCUACACGGCCCCGGUGAACCCUCUCACAGUGUUUGGUAAAGGCACUUUAGACCUACCGACGCCUCCCCUCAACACAGACUCUGCCCCCUCCUCUCAUCCAGGUGCGCUCCCAUAAUGCACCUGGUUUCUGUAAAUACCUGCCUCUCUCCUGGCGACUGUAUAUGAAUGUUCUCACCUAUUGGUCACCUUUUCUGUCUCUUUUUCUAUCUCUUUCCAGCCUCUGCGGUGUUUUUAUGCAUAUUUAUGAAGAGUAAAAAUACAACAGAUUCACUCGCUGAUUUUGAUACGGAGCCCAAAACUGCCAAAUUCCUUUUAUAAAAACCCAAAUUUGUUAUUUUUGUACUCAAAGCUGCCCUAAAAGCCUCAAAAAGCACUUCAAUGAUUCUUUAAAAUGCUGUAACGAUCAGGGAGUGUAUCUUUGACAGAGACGGUUCUACAGAAAGAAAACCAAAGAGUUUGUCUUUGGCACCCCCCGGUGGCAGAAGGGAUCAGCCUCUCAUUCUGCUCUGCAUCACACUCAUCUGUAGUUUAUCUGUUUUCAUGCUCUGCUGGAAGUCUCUCCACUGUACAGGUGGAGCGAUUUGAUGAUAAACCAGCGAUUUUUAUUACUUUCAGUCAGACUGAUCAGCCUCAGUCUUUGGGUUUCUGCCUGUUUGAUCCUUUAUUUUAGACCGGCUGGAUUAGCAGUCCCGUAGGCAUGCAAAAGUCUGAGUUCUGUUUUAUUCAGUCAAAAACAAGCAGAAGAAUCUCCACAUGCGGCCGUCCAUGAGAGGAGUCGCUGGAAGAAUCAGCUUCAGGAGUCAAAAAUUACCAAAUGAAUCGGUAUAAAAGCUCACUGACCGCGCCGAGGAAAGCCAUGAUUUUUACAAAGUUGGUCUUAUUUUGAAAGUGUUGUCCUUAUAUUUUCCCUAAAAGACCAGGUUUGACAAAAGUGCACGCUUUUCCUUGAUCACCUCUUUAGUUUAUCAUUUUUUGAUACACAGAGACAAACACUCCCAGUGUUGUUUGAAUGUUAAAAAUGGUUUUAUAAGCUCAAAAAAAGGAAAUAUUUUCUCCUAAAAAGACUCAAACUUGUCUAAAUAGGGUUUAAUUUCGACCUUUCUCAUUUUUUACGGUGGCCCUGAAGGUCCAUUGCAAGAAAUAAAAAGGUCUAACAAAGGCAAAAACUUUCACUGACACACUAAAAAUUUUUCAUGAAACACAAAAAUAUUUUAUGCAACCUCAUUUUUUCUUUUCAUAUUUUUUUUUUUUUUUUUUUUUUUUUACUCAUUUAACAAAAUUCUUUUUCUCUUUUUGGUUUAAAAAUACUUUUGUUUCUUGUUGAAAUUCCUGAAAUGUCUUUGUGAUGUCUUUUUUGUUUUUAUUCAAGUUGCAUAAAAUACUUUUAUAUUUUAUGCAAUUCAUAAUGUGUUUCUAAAGUUUCUUUUUGUG